AUGUACGUUCGAUAUUGCCAAAAUAAGCCAAAAUCGGAUUAUCUCGUGUCUCAGGAGGAUUUUGAACAGUUCUUUGCCGAGACGAAAGCGAAAUUAGGUCAUAAAGUAGCGUUGAGCGAUUUACUUAUAAAGCCGGUGCAGCGUAUUAUGAAGUACCAACUACUGCUAAAGGAUAUUUUGAAAUUUACUGAAAGAGCCAAGGAUAAAACGGAAAUUCUGAAAAAGGCACUUGCGGUCAUGCAUGUUGUGCCGAAAGCGUGUGAUGAUAUGAUGCAAGUUGGUAGACUACAAAACUUCGAUGGAAAUCUCAACGCACAAGGGAAGCUUAUCUUCCAGGGCACUCUUCCUAUAUCUGAUAGUCAAGGCGGAACAUCGCAAAAGUCGAAAGACCGUCGAAUCUUCUUAUUCGAGCAGUCUGUCAUCAUUGCGGAUCAUAUACCACCUAAAAAAGACUUCGGAAAUCCUAUCUAUAUCUUCAAGAACCAGAUUAUGGUAAACAAAAUGCUUUUCGAACCUUCUGUGGCCGAUGAUCCUCUAAAGUUCAUCAUCCGCAGUUCGGAUCCAGCACAACCGACAUCGUUUAUUGCCACUGCUCAAACCCAGGAUGAAAAGAAUGAAUGGGUACGUUACAUUAGCGAACAGCUUGACCAGCAAAAACGUAUGCUAGCCGCAUUGGUGGAUCCACGACGAUUUAUGGGAGGAGCGACGGACGAUUUGAGUGGGGCUAUGUCAGGAUUGGGCAUGUAA